AUGGCUGAUAUGGAAUUACAUGCAUUCGAAGCACGUCUGGAUACGAUGAUGGAUCAGUUAAGUGAAGAGUCCACGGAAUUAAUCAUUGAACGACCGCGAUAUGCCCAUGCAGUUAUGGUAUUUGCCAGUGGUGAUGAGCCGGGCGAAUUACUCACUGCUUCCCGAAUUAAAAUGCUGGAUCCGAUAUAUGUUCCGGUUAAAGCGUCAACAAAUGACCAUCAAAUUUUUCAUCAUUAUUCUGAGAAUAAGAAUGUUACUACAACAUCGGAAUCAGCGGAUGAUUUGAAUAAUUGUGAUGAAAAGAAAGAUUUUGAUUUGAUUACUGCAGUGAAGAUUUACGAUGAUGAAGAUAUCCAGAAAGCGCUAAAAAAAUUGGAAGAAUCUCGAAGCAUGCUUGAUGAACCGAUUAUCCUACCUCCUAGCAAUAAAUUUCUGUCAAACGGUUCUCAAUUUGAUUAUGCUAGUAGCAAUGGCACAGUAUGUUCGAAAACGCCGCAAAUGGCAAUCUAUCCCUCUGUGUCGUGGAUAUUUAAUCGAUCCACUUCAGAGAGACGUACUGCACUGAAAGAGGGCAAUCUCCUGUUUCCGAGUGAACUACGACAAGAACGCCGAGCACCGGUAUCGUCAGCUCGUAUAUUAUUGUGA